AUGAAAUUCAUCGUACUACUAGUUGCCGCACUUGUUGCCGCUACCUCUGCCCAGAUUCGCCCGCUACCCAAUCCGCUCCGAAAUCCGGCCGUUUACGGUGGUCCCGAGGCGAGCGCCGUCAUCCUGAACCAGGUGUACGAGCCCAACCCGGACGGUUCGUACAUCUACAGCUACGAAACGAGCAACGGCAUUCGGGCCGAGCAGCGUGGCUUCCUGAAGAACCCCGGAACACCCGGCGAGGCACAGGUAAUGCAGGGUUCGUACUCGUACACCGGCCCGGACGGUGUCGUCUACACGAUCAACUACAUCGCCGACGAGAACGGAUACCGUGCCGAGGGAGCCCACAUCCCGUCCGCCCCCCGAUACAACCCCCGCUAUCCUGGCCAAUUCUAG